CGCUCUCUUGAUUCUUACAAAUGCCAGAGAUGGAACAGCCAAUGAACGAAUCGGUUCAAUCCGAGACGAAGAGCGAAAAUGCGGCAACGACGACCAACGACGAAACCGUCCCUGCCGAUACCGAGGCAUCGCGAAAUGAGUCUGGCCAAGGAGGUGACUCGGCCAAGCCCAUUGGAUCGCGUGUCAAUGACAGCUCUAGUCAAGGCAUACUAGUGGGCGGGUCGAGCAAGAAGCGGGCGUACGCCUUACUCGACGGUUUCUUGCAAGAUCCCAAAGACGAUUCUCCUCCGGAACGGCUUUCCGUACCGGUGACACGCUUACCGGCAACGCUGGGGCGUACACACGCGACGUCCGAACCCAACUUUCUGGGAUUGGGCAAAGCGAAAGCCAUAUCCCGACAACAGUGUCGAAUCGACUAUCGCGUAGUUUCUGGAACGCUAGGGCAGCUCCAAGCCAAACCCAACGAAUUCACGUACCAGCCCAACAAACUUGUCAAAGAUGAUUUCGUCAAUCCGAACGACGAGGAAUUAGACGAACAAGGCUUUUACACGAUCACUUGUCUGGGAAAGAAUCGCAUUUUCGUCAACGGGUACAAAGUGGAACAAGGAGAAACGGCCUUGCUCACUUCUGGGUCCGCCUUGAGGAUUGCAAACUACUGUCUCUAUUUCUUCUUGCCAGUCACUCGGUCCACCGCUACUAUGCAGAUUGGCAAAAAGCGCAAACGCAGCAGCGACGACUCGAGUAAGUCUUCGUCCCCUAAACGAACGAAACCAAUUGCCGUGAAUGCUUCCACUGCAUCUUCAACCUCCGUCCAAAAAUCCAGCUCGACCACGUUACAGGCGGAACUGGACAGUCUCAGUACACAGGAUUUACUCGAUCAACUGACGCAUGCCAUCGACUCGGGUGUAUGGGAACGACGACACCAACUGAUUGGUUCGACAUUGGCGUUCCGUGCCGUUAUGGUGGCUGCUGAAGAUCCCGAGCUUCAGGACGCACCGACUGGUGUAUCACGGGGUCAAGUCAUGGAUUGGAUUGCCGAUUCAGAUACCUUUAGAAAGUGGGUGGAACAGAUGGCCACCAAAUUGGAACCAAAAUCGUACCAAUCCAGUAUUACCAAAGCCAUGGUCAAGGCAGAAUAUGAGCGCACAUCGUCGACGGGGCGCUACAUUAAAUGGUUACUCCCGAAGCAAUUUCGAAAAUCGCCGGACCGGAAGGAAGAAGGGAAAAAAGAAAAGAAGCGAAAGCCCUCAGCUCAAUUGAAGGACACUAUUGGUACGAAACAAGACGCGGGCUCGAAAAAACAAGAACUAGCCAAGGCGGAAGACGAAAGUGAUGGUCAAUCUAGUGAUGGAGCUGAUGAAAAUGGAGACAACGGAGAAGAACGGGAAGAUAUCGACGACCCGGAGGAAGAAGGCGCAGAUGCGGACGAGCAGUCGCAGACAUAG